GCGAGUCACUCUCUGCGUAUCAGAGAAGGAGACGAAGGUGAGAAAAUGGCGGCGGAGAAGGAGAGCACCAGCACCGCCGCCCAUCGGAGAUCGGAGAGAUGGUCUCUUCGAGGCAUGACCGCCCUCGUCACCGGUGGUACCAGAGGAAUCGGACACGCGGUGGUGGAGGAACUGGCUGGACUUGGGGCGACGGUGUACACUUGCUCUCGCAACGAAGCCGAGCUGAAUGAUCGUCUCAAGGAGUGGGAGGCCCUUGGGCUUCGUGUCACUGGCUCGGUGUGCGACCUCGCGUCGCGUGAGCAGCGGGUGGAGCUUAUCCAGAAGGUGUCUUCCGUCUUUGAUGGGAAGCUCAACAUCCUCAUAAACAAUGCUGGGACAAAUAUCAGGAAACCAACUUCCGAUUAUACUUCUGAGGAGUUUUCAUUCUUAAUGAACACCAAUUUUGAAUCCGUGUACCACCUCUGCCAGCUCGCUCAUCCUUUGCUGAAGGCUUCAGGAGCAGGAAGUAUAGUAUUGAUAUCCUCAGUUGCCGGGGUUGUAGCCAUAUCAAGUGGUUCUGUUUAUGCUGCGACUAAAGCGGCAAUGAACCAACUGGCAAGAAAUUUGGCUUGUGAAUGGGCUAAGGACAACAUACGAACUAAUGCAAUUGCACCAUGGUACAUCAAGACUUCUCUCACAGAACCGGUGCUCAACCAAGAACUCACACAAAAAAUAGUUGCCCGAACCCCUCUUCGCCGAGUCGGAGAACCAGAUGAAGUAUCAUCCAUAGUUGCAUUUCUUUGCCUCCCCUCAGCCUCAUACAUUUCCGGACAAAUCAUAUCCGUCGACGGAGGCAUGUCCGUCAACGGUUUUUAUCCUACACAUAAUUAGUAUGAACACCGGCAUUUUAUUAUUAUCUCUUUGCACCAAAACUCUGUUCCAAGAUCAUUUCCAUAAUUGAAUUGCUAAGUACUUAUCAAUUUCUAAUCAUGUAAUUAAUAAUUGAAAUGUAUGAGUUCUGGGCCGGGCCCUAUAGAACCCAGAAGGGGCCCAUUAGGCUGAUACUCAUGGGACCCACAUAUCCGGUGGUAUCCACG